CAACUCUUGCCCCUUUAACCCCUGUGGGAAACUAUAAGACCGCCCUUGGAUAAGACCCCGCCUUUAAACUCAAACACUAACAAACUUCAGAGUAUUUUCGUCUUUUAGUAUCCCCCCACCACCACACACUGGGGCCCCGCCUUCUCGCUCCGGAAUGGCUUCACAAAGGAUUUGCCGACGUUUGGGAAUUCCGCCUAUAGCUCCUUUUUUCACCGACACUUGUGCGCUGGAAUCGGCCCAGGAUGACCAAGGAUCCCACCCAUCUCGGUUAAUUUGACAACACAAAGGACUUCGCCGAACCCAAAAGAAACCGCCUACUAAUUCCAAAUAAGGGUCGUCUCUCCAUGUACGGCAAACAAUCGGUUGGAGUGCCCUUUUCUCUUCCGUAUCCCGUUUAUAUGAUCGGGGAGACUGUGCUGCAAGUUACAGCGGUGCAAUCAUGGCGGAGCGAGUCCAGCAGCCCCCGGCCAAGCGGCUCUGCUGCAGGCCCGGCUACAACCCGGCAUGCAGACAGGGGCAGCGGGCUGGAGGAGUACUGUGUGGCGGUCCGGGGUCCGCUCCAGGGGGAUCGGGAAAAACACACAACCCCGAAUCGCUGCUAGACAUAGCGGCGCGGAGAGUCGCGGAGAAGUGGCCCUUCCAACGGGUGGAGGAACGGUUCGAACGUAUUCCAGAACCCGUCCAGAGAAGGAUCGUGUACUGGUCCUUUCCGAGGAGCGAAAAGGAGAUCUGCAUGUAUUCUUCGUUCAACACCGGAGGAGAAGAGAGUGGAACUAGCGGGGAAAAUCAUGAAGAGACUCAGCUGCCUUUCCUACGGGGUGUCACUCUGCUGGAGGGCGGCUGGGUGGACAACGUACUGCAAGUCGGGUUUCAUCUGAGUGGCACGGUAACAGACCCGGCCACGUCCUCUCAGCCUGAGAUAAUCUGCAGCGUGAGCGUCAGCUUCGACCGCUGUAAGAUCACCGCAGUAACCUGUAGCUGCGGCAACAAGGACAUCUUCUACUGCGCCCACGUUGUAGCGCUGGCCCUGUACCGCGUACGGAAGCCCGAUCAGGUCAAACUGCACCUGCCCAUCUCAGAGACACUGUUCCAGAUGAGCCGAGAUCAGCUGCAGAAGUUUGUCCAGUACCUGAUAUCAGUGCAUCAUACGGAGGUGUUGCCCACCGCACAGAAACUGGCUGAUGAGAUACUGUCAACUAACUCCGAGAUCAACCAGGUCCACGGGGCCCCGGAUCCCACGGCAGGAGCCAGUGUAGAUGAUGAGAACUGUUGGCACUUGGAUGAGGAGCAGGUCCAGGAGCAGGUGAAACUCUUCCUCUCUCAGGGAGGAUACCACGGCUCUGGGAAACAACUCAACCUGCUGUUCAGUAAGGUGAGGGAGAUGCUUCGUAUGCGUGACUCCAAUGGUGCCAGGAUGUUAACACUGAUCACAGAACAGUUCAUGGCCGACCCUCGCCUGGCACUGUGGAGACAGCAGGGCACCACCAUGACAGACAAGUACAGACAGCUCUGGGAUGAACUAGGUGCUCUGUGGAUGUGCAUCGUGCUAAACCCCCACUGUAAGACGGAGCAGAAGUGUUGGUGGCUAAAACAGCUGAGGAGGUGGAACAGCGUGGACGUGUGUCCCUGGGAGGACGGUAACCAUGGCAACGAUCUGCCCAACCUCACCCACUCCCUGCCUCAGGGUGCCCAUGGCAACCAAGAGUUGCGUCCCCACAGGACGGUGUUCACGCGGGCCAUCGAGGCGUGUGACCUCCAUUGGCAGGACCGUCACCUGCAGCACAUUAUCGCCAGUGGCCUCUACGCCAACUAUUGUUACCACGACAACCAGGAUGGCUCGCUCUUCGACACACGCGGAUGGCCCAUGUGGCACGAACACGUUCCGACGGCGUGUGCUCGGGUGGACGCCCUGCGUUCCCAUGGUUACCCCCGUGAAGCACUGCGAUUGGCCAUUGCCGUGGUGAAUACACUACGGCGGCAGCAGCAGAGGCAGCUGGAGCAUUUCCGCAGACAUAAGAAAGAGCUGCUCCAUAAAGGUAUCACCUCCAUAACCAACAUGGAGGGCUGGGUGGGUCACCCUCUAGAUCCCAUCGGCACCCUGUUCAGCACCCUCACUGAGAUGGGACGGGGGGCAGAGGAGGGGGCCAACACAUGCCUUGACCUUUCAGACUGUUCCAGCGUGGUGAGUCAUGCGGAGCUGCAGCGGUUUCCAGUGCAGCGUUUGCUAGGCGAGGGGGAAUCGUAUGUGGCGCUGGCCGUAGAGACUGCUCUGAUUGGCUUAGGCCAGCAGAGGGUGAUGCCUGACGGGCUGUAUGCCCAGGAGAAGGUGUGUCGCAACGAAGAGCAGCUAUUAGCCAAGCUGCAGGAAGUGGAGCUUGAUGACAUGCUGGUCAAGAUCUUCCGCAAGCAAGCCGUCUUCCUGUUAGAGAGUGGGCCGUACAGCGGCCACGGAGAGAUUGUCCACAGAGAGAGUGUUCCCAUGCACACCUUCACCCGCUACCUCUUCACCUCUCUCCUACCUCACGACGCUGAACUGGCGUACAAGAUUGCACUCAGAGCCAUGCGGUUGCCUGUGUUGGAGUCCACCGCCUCGUCAGGUGACCUGUCGCGACCCCAUCACAUGGUGUCUGUGGUCCCUAACCGUUACCCUCGCUGGUUCACACUCACCCACAUAGAGUCCCAGCAGUGUGAACUGGCCUCCACCAUGCUCACUGCAGCCAAAGGUGAUAGUCGUAAGCUGGAGACUGUACUAGAGUCCAUCCAGAAGAACAUCCAUUCCUCAUCUCACAUCUUUAAACUGGGCCAGGAUGCCUUCAAGAUCGCUACUCUGAUGGACAGCCUGCCAGACAUCACACUGCUCAAAGUCUCACUGGAGCUGGGGCUACAGGUGAUGAGGAUAACCCUGUCUACGUUGAACUGGAGGAGGAGGGAGAUGGUACGGUGGUUAGUUACCUGUGCCACUGAAGUAGGGGUGUAUGCGUUGGACAGCAUCAUGCAGAGUUGGUUCACCCUCUUCACCCCGACUGAGGCCACCAGCAUCGUGGCCACCACCGUCAUGUCCAACACCACCAUCGUCCGGCUGCACCUGGACUGUCACCAGCAGGAGAACCUGGCCUCCUCCGCCCGGACCCUGGCCCUGCAGUGUGCCAUGAAGGACCCCCAGAACUGUGCCCUCUCCGCCCUCACGCUCUGCGAGAAGGACCACAUAGCCUUCGAGACGGCCUACCAGAUCGUUCUGGACGCGGCCGCCACGGGGAUGAGCUACACACAGCUGUUCACGAUAGCCAGGUACAUGGAGCACAGGGGGUACCCUAUGAGGGCGUACAAGCUAGCCACGCUAGCCAUGGCUCAUCUAAGCCUCAGCUACAACCAGGAUACCCACCCAGCCAUCAACGACGUGCUGUGGGCCUGCGCUCUGAGUCACUCGCUGGGAAAGAACGAGCUGGCCGCCGUCAUCCCCCUGGUGGUGAAGAGUGUGAAGUGUGCCACGGUGCUGUCGGAUAUUUUGCGGCGGUGCACACUGACCACACCGGGGCUGGUGUCCGCACUGCACAGCCGCAGGAACUCUGGGAAGCUGAUGUCACUGGACAAAGCUCCUCUCAGGCAGCUGCUGGAUGCUACCAUCGGGGCCUACAUCAACACCACGCACUCUCGCCUCACGCACAUCAGCCCACGCCACUACAGCGAGUUCAUAGAGUUCCUGGUGAAGACCCGGGAGACGUUCCUCAUGGCCCAAGAUGGACACAUCCAGUUCACACAGUUCAUAGACAACCUCAAACAGAUCUAUAAGGGAAAGAAGAAACUCAUGAUGCUGGUGAGGGAGAGGUUCGGCUGACCAGGGUCGGCCCCUAGGGACAGGUUCGGCUGACCAGGGUCGGCUCCUAGGGACAGGUUCGGCUGACCAGGGUCGGCCCCUAGGGACAGGUUCGGCUGACCAGGGUCGGCCCCUAGGGACAGGUUCGGCUGACCAGAGUCGGCCCCUAGGGAUAGGUUCGGCUGACCAGGGUCGGCUCCUAGGGACAGGUUCGGCUGACCAGGGUCGGCCCCUAGGGAGAGGUUCGGCUGACCAGGGUCGGCCCCUAGGGACAGGUUCGGCUGACCAGGGUCGGCCCCUAGGGACAGGUUCGGCUGACCAGGGUCGGCCCCUAGGGAGAGGUUCGGCUGACCAGGGUCGGCCCCUAGGGAGAGGUUCGGCUGACCAGGGUCGGCCCCUAGGGAGAGGUUCGGCUGACCAGGGUCGGCCCCUAGGGAGAGGUUCGGCUGACCAGGGUCGGCCCCGAGUGAGAGGUUCGGCUGACCAGGGUCGGCCCCGAGGGGGAGGUUCGGCUGACCAGGGUCGGCCCCGAGGGGGAGGUUCGGCUGACCAGGGUCGGCCCCGAGGGGGAGGUUCGGCUGACCAGGGUCGGCCCCGAGGGGGAGGUUCGGCUGACCAGGGUCGGCCCCGAGGGAGAGGUUCGGCUGACCAGGGUCGGCCCCUAGGGAGAGGUUCGGCUGACCAGGGUCGGCCCCUAGGGAGAGGUUCGGCUGACCAGGGUCGGCCCCUAGGGAGAGGUUCGGCUGACCAGGGUCGGCCCCUAGGGAGAGGUUCGGCUGACCAGGGUCGGCCCCUAGGGAGAGGUUCGGCUGACCAGGGUCGGCCCCUAGGGAGAGGU